AAUGUAAAAAAUAAUUACUGUUUUAUGUCAGUAUGUCAAAUGAAUUUUAAAUAGGUAAUUUCUUUUUUCACCGACCGAUCCAAUUAAUUAAAACCACUAUAAUUUGAUUUAUGAUUAUUUUACAAUGGGAGAUAAUAAACCAAAACGGGCAACUCAAAUCAUUGGCGCAUUAACAGCUACAUUGGGUGGAUUUUCAUUGGGAACUGUAUUAGGUUGGUCAUCUCCUGCCGAAGCACUUUUGGUAAGCGCAGAAGAUCAUACUCCUAUUCUUCGAACCUCUGAAGGAGGAACCCUAUCACAAACCGAAUUCACCCACGUGGCUAGUAUUCUUUGUUUAGGAGCGAUGGUAGCCCAACUAUUCAUUGCUUUACUAUAUGAUAAACUAGGUCCGAAAAUCUUAAUGAUAAUACUAUCGGUUCCGUUUGCAGCCUGUUGGUUUGUAAUGGCUUUUAUGUCAAAUUUUUUCAUACUAUUAGGCGGAAGGUUUAUUUUGGGCUUUUGCGGUGGAAGUUUUUGCGUAAUAGCACCGACAUAUAUUGGUGAAAUUGCAGAACCUGCUAUAAGAGGCGCCUUGGGAAUUUGUUUCCAGUUAAUGUUGGUUUUAGGAAUUUUUAUGGAAUUUGCUUUAGCUUACUUUAGCAGUUUUCCCUGGCUUUGUAUACCAGCUGCUAUACCACCCAUAAUUUUAUUUGUUGUGAUGUUAUUCAUGCCGACAUCGCCAGCUUUUUUAAUUAAACGAGAAAAGGAAGAAGCAGCUAAACAUGCCUUGCAAUUUUUCCGUGGAAAAGACUACAACAUUUCUGAUGAUUAUAAACAAUUACAGGAUUAUGUUAAUGAAGGAAAAGGAAACUUUAUAGAAAACAUGAAAAAGAAAUCUUCUAUAAAAGGAUUUUGUAUGUUGUUAGUUCUUCACGUAGUUCAACAACUUGGAGGAAUUAAUGCAAUCAUGUUUUAUGCGGCUUCAAUUUUUGAUGAACUCGAAUUAAACGCAAAACAUUGUAACGUCGGUUUGGGUGUGGUCCAAUUAGUGUUUUGCUUAAUCGUCGCUAGUAUCGUGGACAAAUUAGGAAGAAAACCUUUAUGGAUCAUCUCAUUAAGUGUGAUGAUCCUUUGUUUACUUAUCGUGGGAGUAUACUAUUUUAUACGAAACGCCGACGCGCAAUUAGGAGAAACGUUGAUUCACAUGCCGGUGAUUUUCAUUUUGAUUUAUACAGCCGGUUUUAAUAUAGCUUCCGGACCGCUACCAUGGGCAAUGAUCGGCGAGUAUCUUCCUGCCGGUGUUAAAUCAAUUAUUGGCCCGAUAAUUACUGCGGUCAAUUGGUUUUUAGCCUAUGUUGUAACGUUUUUAUUUAAACCAUGCGUGGAUUGGGUCGGUCCUGGAACGGUUUUUCUUUUCUUUUGCGUCAUAAACACAUUGGGUUUGAUUUAUGUUCUUUUCUUCCUUUUGGAAACUAAAAAUAAGACUUUGGAUCAAAUCACACUCGAAUUGGAGGGAAAAUAAUGCAAUUAUUUGGCAUAGUAAUGUUUAUGUUAUAUCAAAAUUGAAUUUAAAAAAUAACUGUAAUAAAAAUGUAA